AUGGAAAACGCCUAUUUUCGCGAAAUAAAAGACAAGGAUCAGUUUCAAUUAACAUUUCAGUAUGUUAAUACGGAUUUAAAAGUGGAUAGGCAAUUUAAUUUUUGCAGAAAUUUAAACGAAAAAGUUGAAAGUUUGUUAAAUAGAGUUACCACGAAUGUAGAAAAAGUAGUGAAUAAGAAAAACAAGAAAAGGAAAACUGAAUCGGAAUCUGAUUCAAAGAAGAUUUUGGUUUCUUUACUUGAUAACAAUAAGGAAGUUAAUAAGGAAUCUUUAUGUUAUGAGGGUUUCACUUACACUCCAACUAAUAAUGAUAUUGAUUACUACCUAAAAGUUGCUUGUACACCUAAAAAUGAAACUUUUGAUGAGGGCCCCACAUUAGAAGCUCAUUCUACCUGUAAAGUCGAGGCUGGACCUGGCAAUUGCCCCUUUGAAACAAGACAUUUAUUUACGAAUAAUAGGUUACAGGGGAAUGAAUUUCGUGUGGUUUCUUAUAAUAUACUAGCUGACUUAUAUUGUGAUUCAGAUUACACCAGGACUGUUUUGUUCCCAUAUUGUCCACCUUAUGCAUUAAAUAUUGAUUAUAGAAAGCAAUUAAUAAGAAAGGAAAUAUCUGGGUUUAAUGCUGAUAUAAUUUGUUUGCAAGAAGUUGAUAGAAAAGUUUUUUUACAUGAUUUACAACCUGUUAUGGAAAAUCUCGGUUAUUUAGGUGAAUUCUCAGUUAAAGGGGGUGAAGUUGUGGAAGGGUUGGCAUUUUUUUACAACAAAAAUAGGUUUAAAAUCCUGGAAACAAAUAGGGUUGUAUUUUCUGAACAUUUGGAUAAAGACCCAAUAUAUUCUGAUAUAUGGGAGAAAGUUUCAAAAAAUGCGCAACUCACCAAAAGGAUUUUGGAAAGAACUACAACUAUACAAGUGAGUGUGGUGGAAUCUUUGGAAAAUGAUGAGGUAUUGGUGGUGGCAAAUAUACAUUUAUAUUUUCACCCAGAUGCAGACCAUGUAAGGUUAAUCCAUGGGGGUGUAUCAAUAAGAUACCUUGAAAAGUUCAUAGAGCAACUGAAAACCAAAGUAUCCAAAAGAAUAUCCUUGGUAUUUUGCGGAGAUUUCAACAGUGUACCGGAAUGCGGCAUUUUUAAGUUGUACACAACAGGUGAAGUUCCAAGUGACUUUAUCGACUUUCAAAGUAAUAAAGAAGAAUCUAUUGAUACGUUAUCGUUUAAACAACCCUUCAGUUUGGACAGUGCGUGUGGGACACCUAAGUAUACGAACUUUACGGCGGGUUUCGCGGAUUGUUUGGAUUAUAUUUUCUACGAAAAAACAAAUUUAAGUGUUACACAAGUGGUGCCUUUUCCCAGCGACGAGGAACUUCAGCAAAAUACAGCGUUGCCAAGCAUAACUUUCCCAUCUGACCAUGUUUCUCUGAUUGCGGACCUAAAGUGGACUUAA